CUUUGAUCGAACCCCAAGUUAGAACCACAGGAAAAAUAAUAAGAAGAAGAUACCGUCGACGAGCCCCUCUUGAUUCUCUAAUACCCUCAGCUUCCCCGACAACAAUAAAUCUUUAACUGUUUUGUCUCUCCAAAAGCUUGUAAUAGAAAUCUAGUAGCUAUGUCGGACAAGUUCUCACCGACCUUAAGACUCGGAGACCUCAACGAUUUCAUUGCUCCAUCUCAAGCUUGUAUAGUAUCUCUCAAAGGCUCAAAAAAGCCCAUCAACAAAAAGCCUGAUCAACCCCAGGUGGUCCUUACCCCAAAACAGUUGCUUGAACCGGUCAAAAUCUCUCUCAAGGAUUGCUUAGCUUGCAGUGGAUGUAUCACAUCGGCUGAGACAGUUAUGCUUGAGAAGCAAAGCUUAGAUGAGUUUCUCUCUGCUCUUACAAAAGGCAAAGAUGUGAUUGUUUCUCUUUCUCCACAGUCCAGAGCCUCUAUUGCGGUUUACUACGAUAUCUCUCCUCUUCAGGUUUUCAAGAAGCUGACUACGUUUCUAAAGUCUUUGGGAGUUAAAGCUGUGUUUGAUACUAGUUGUAGUAGAGACUUGGUGCUUAUUGAAGCUUGUAAUGAGUUUGUGAACCGUUUCAAGAAAGCUAGUUCUGAUGGGGAUGGUGGUGAUGAUUCUAAGUCCCCUCUCCCUGUGCUUACCUCCGCGUGUCCUGGUUGGAUAUGUUACGCUGAAAAGACGCUUGGUUCAUUUGUUCUGCCGUAUGUCUCUUCUGUUAAGAGUCCUCAGCAAGCUAUUGGAGCUGCUAUCAAACACCAUCUAUGUCAAGCGUUGGGACUCAGGCUGGAGGAGAUUUACCAUGUGACUGUGAUGCCUUGUUACGAUAAGAAGCUGGAGGCAGCAAGAGACGAUUUUGUGUUUGGUGAUAACCUGACUGAGGUUGAUUCAGUGCUAACAACUGGUGAAAUCUUGGAUUUAAUGAAGUUGAAAGGAGUUGAUUUUAAAGAUCUGGAGGAGUCUCCACUAGACAGAUUGCUGACGAAUGUUAAUGAGGAAGGACAUCUUUAUGGUGUAGCUGGGAGUUCUGGUGGUUACGCAGAGACAAUAUUCAGACAUGCGGCAAAAGCAUUAUUUGGACACACUAUUGAAGGUCCUCUUGAGUUCAAAACUCUCAGAAACUCUGAUUUUCGUGAAUUAAGUCUUGAACUGGAAGGUAAAACAGUGCUGAAAUUCGCGUUGUGUUACGGUUUCCAAAACCUUCAGAAUAUUGUUCGGAAAUUGAAGACACGCAAGUGCGAGUAUCAGUACGUAGAGAUUAUGGCGUGUCCUGCAGGUUGCUUGAACGGUGGUGGGCAGAUUAAGCCAAAAACCGGACAGACUCAGAAAGAACUGAUCAAUUCACUGGAAGCUACUUAUAUGAAUGAUACUGCUUUGAGUACAGAUCCAUUCCAGAAUCCAAUAGCCAAGAGACUGUACGAUGAGUGGCUUCACCAGCCUGGUUCCGACGAGGCAAAGAAGUACUUGCACACUCAGUACCAUGCAGUCGUGAAAAGCGUCACAGCUCAGCUCAACAAUUGGUAGUAGACAAACCUUAGGUGUUUAAAGUUUUGACCGAUAAGUGAGCAAUGUCCCAGUGUUUUUAUUUUUGUGUAUUAUUUUAGAUGACUGAGAAGCUCCCUGCUCAAGUAGUCUUAUAUGUAAACACACAAUUUAAUUUGAAAUAAAUGAACAAAUACACUCCCUACUUAGCUUUUGUUUGCUUUUGGUUCUCGCUUGAUACAACCCCAAUAACACAAUUACUACUACCAAAGAUCUUAGGAGCUUCUUUAACCUGAACAAAGUCUGAUCCACCAAACACUGACUUCACCAUCUCAAUCACACACUCUUAUCCUCUGGAAUCAGUUUCAAAGAACCAAGCUCAG